GAGCUCAAGUUCACUCCUGUCAGUCCAGCCUCUCUGUUAUACCUGGGGGAAGAAUGCACGCAGACCCUUUCAUUACCCCUGUGCUGCUGGCAGAGAGGAGGAAGGCUUUUAGUUUGACAGGAGAGGAUGAGUGGCCCUGGAGAAGAACAGCUGGGAGGCACCCACACAGCUGCUUUCUUGCAUGGCUCUGUGCAGGCGUCAUCCAUCAACUGGUCUUAGAAGCCUGCCUGCUGACUGGCAGAAGCGGCUUCCCAAAGCACUUGAGAAGGCAGAAGCUAGACCCAGAAAGGUUGAGAUUAGAGUAAAUAAGCUAUUUCAGAUGCCCUCUUGUUUGAGAGUUCUGGGUUGGCCUUGAGACAUGGCCUCUCUGUUGUAAAGCUGGCGCUCAGAAGCUGUGCGCCGCAGGCCGUCAGGAAGCACUCCCAGCUUCUUGUGUCUUCCCCUUGGUGCUGCUGGCUCGAUGAGCCAUGUCCUCGCACCUCAUCUCCCCACCCAGAACCCCCAUGCCUGUUCACUGCAGGCAGGUGAGCUUUUCAGUCAUCACUCAUACAGGCUGGAGCACUUGGGCUCCAGUCACAGCCCAAGGGUAAACUCACUCUGGCGUACCCUCCCAUCGUGUUUCAGGAGUGGCUUUUCCAUCUCAACGAAGCUUUCUUUGCUCUUCCGCAGACCUCACUAGUUACUCCUUCCAAUCCAGAGAUAGCAGGAGCCACUGCCUCAGAGUGACAGGUGGCCAUUGAGUUUUCAGGGCCCUAGUCCUCUGAGCUAAGCUCAUCUGAGCCAAGAAAUAGGCUCCAUCGCGCUCAAAGCCCCCACACCAUUGCCAUGUAUGCUGAGCUCGAGUGAGUUUUGGAAAUUCACACCCAAAACCCAUCACUAGUGAGGCUGAAUCAAGACAAUUGUGAGUUCAAUGUAGCCUGUCUGAAAGAAGACGAAAAAACAAACGACCUGUGUGUGUGUGCUCCUGCAGACAAUAAGUGUUGCUGCUUUUCCGUGAAGAAAGCACUCAGAUCUGAAUUUCAGAUAAACUAAAUCUAAACCAAUGGCCUUUCCCAAAAAGUCUGAGUGAGUGCUGGCUGUGGUGAAUGUGUGGUGGUGACUUACAGGGUUCUUGUUUUUAUACCAUAAGAGUGGGUGUAGGUAGAGUUUUCCUGCCUGGCCCACAGUCAGGGCAAAUCUCUCUCACCUGCCAGUCCCACAGCCGUCAGACCCGACCAAGUAAACACAGAGACUUGUAUUGGUUUCAAACUGUAUGGCCAUGGCAGGCUUCUUGCUAACUGUUCUUUCAGCUUAAAUUAAUCCAUUUUUAUAAAUCUAUACCUUGCCACAUGGCUCGUGGCUUACCGGCAUCUUCACAUGCUGUUUCUCAUCGUGGCGGCUGGCAGUGUCUCUCUGACUCAGCCUUCCACUUCCCAGCUUUAUUCUCCUCCUUGUCCCGCCUACACUUCCUGCCUAGCCAAUGGCCAAUCAGUGUUUUAAUUAUUGACUAAUCAGCAACACAUUUGACAUACAGAACAUCCCACAGCAAGUGGGAAACAGUAUUUGACCAUGUCAGUCUGCAUAAUUUCCCUGAUGGCUAUUUUGUAAUCUGAUUAUCCACUUCUGUGACCAGUAAGAUUUUCUACCGCGCAGGUAAAACGACCGAUAUGAAAUGAAAUACUUGCCAAGAGUAUAGGGCAUCUCUGGAAGAGCCUUGGUAAAUGUUUGUGUAGCUUGAAGUUGGAAAGGGAUCAUGGGUCUAUUUAUUUGAUGCUGUUGUUCAUGUUGUCAUCUUUUGGAGAUGCAUGUUGUACUGUAACCAGUGGUACAGGAAUAAAAUGGAUGAGAAGCAACAAAGAGACAGACCUCCCUCUUGUUUGAGCUUUUUUUUUUUUGGUUUUUCGAGACAGGGUUUCUCUGUGUAGCUUUGCGCCUUUCCUGGAACUCACUUAGUAGCCCAGGCUGGCCUCGAACUCACAGAGAUCCGCCUGGCUCUGCCUCCCGAGUGCUGGGAUUAAAGGCGUGCGCCACCACCGCCCGGCUUGUUUGAGCUUUUAAAGAAUGGCUAACAGUGGGGCUUGCAGAUUUCCGUUCAUCUCAGCCUGCGCCAGCCACCCUCUAGGGGAUGCUCAAAGCGAAAGUGUUUCAUUGGCAAGGACGACUUCCACUAGCAAGCACCCUGUUUGAGAGGAAGUGGGCUCAUCCACUUAUAUUUCUGAGCAGUGUUAAGGAGCACUCCGGUGGUGUUACUCUCCCCUGGGUAUCCUGUGAUAAGAGUUUUCGGAGUGAGGGAAUGAGGCUGGGGAGAUGGCUCAUUGGGUAAGAGCUGCUGUUCUUGCUGGAUUCAGUUCUCAGCACCCACGUUGUAACCUCACAACCAUCCAUAACUGCAGUUCCAGGGAUGCAGCACCCUUUUCUGACCUCCCUGGGUACUAGGCCCACAUAUGGUACACAGGCGCACAUGUGAGCAAAGCACUCAUACACGUGAAUAAACAUUUUAAAACCCAGGAAUGCAUUUUUCAGGCAAGCUUUGUAGCUCCCAUUUGAGGUGGUUUUUCCCCUUGUUUGUUUAUUAUGGAGGGAUACAUGCCAUUAUGCACAUGGAGUCACAGAGCAACUUAAUUUUUUAUUUUUGGUUUUCAAGACAGGGUUUCUCUGUUUAGCCCAGGCUAUCCUAGAAAACUGUAGCCCAGGCUGGCCUCGAACUCACAGAGAUCUGACUACCUCUGCCUCCGGAGUGCUGGGAUCAAAGGGGUCCGCCACCACCUCUCAGCACAACUUAAUCUUAAAGGGAGUUGGUUCUCUAUCCAUCAUGUGCACUCGGGAUCAAACUCGGGUUGUUGGACUUGGUGCUAAGUGCCUUUACCAAAAUGAUCCAUCUUACUGUCCCUUGAUUUUUUUUUUUUCCUUGUGUCUGUUCUGAUCUUUAUCCCUAAAUGAUGAAUUUUAACCCUGUAAAUUACUGUGUAUCUGAAGCCUUGAUCUCAGAAAAGUAUUAUUUUACUUUAUUUUAUUUUUUUGAGAGUUUUUCUUGUAGCCCUAGCUGUCCUGGAACUCACUCUGUAGACCAGGCUGUCCUCAAACUCAGAGAUCCACUUGCCUCUGCCUUCUAAGUGCUGGGGUUAAAGCUGUGCACCACCACUGCCCAUCUCAGAAAAGUAGCUCUUAAAAGGAGGCAGAGAAUUGAGCUGAAGGCCCAGAGUAGAGUACCUUUGGAACAAAUAAUUUUGAAACUUUGAAAUCAUCAGUGUUCUGAUCUGUAGCCUGUCUGGCUUUCUAUUAAUUUAUACGAGCAUGGUUCCUGCAAGACCUAGCAUGCCUAGUGAAAACAUGCACUGUUAUUUAGAUGUGUGAAUUCCCUGAAAUUGGAAAACGAAACCCAAAGUUCUGGCUGCUAAAGAUUACUGUGAGUACAAUUUCCUCCCCAGGGGACGACUCCCCAGGGGAUGAGUAGUGAUUCUCAACCUGUGGGGCUCGACCCCUUUGGGGUCACCUAAGAUCAUUGGGAAACAGAUGUUUACAUUACAAUUCACAACAGUAGCAAAUUUACAGUUAUGAAGUAGCAAUGAAAAUAAUUUUAUAGUUGGAGGUAACCACAACAUGAGGAACUGUAUUAAAGGGCUGAAGCGUUAGGAAGGCUGAGAACCACUGGUCUAGAGAGUCCUCUGACAGAAUGAUCUAAGCAGGCUUUUUUCUGUCCCACCCUGUCCUGCAGCCACUUGUAAACAAUCACUCAGAGGCUUGAUAUUAAUUGCAUACUCUUUGGUCUAUUGCUCAGGCUUAUUACUAACUAACUCUUACAACUUAACCCAUUUCGAUUAAUCUAUGUUUUGCCACAUGUCUUGUGGCUUUACCCAUACUCUAAUACAUCUUGUCUCCCCUGUGGCUGGCUAGCAUCUGCCCCUGACUCCAGCCUUCUUCCUGUAUCUCUGCUUGGAUUUCCCUCCUGGCUCUAAACUGCCUUGCCAUAGGCCAAAGCAGCUUUAUUUAUUAACCAGUGGGAGCAACAUAUAUUCACAGCAUACAGAAAGACAUCCCACAUCAGAAUGAAACCAGAAAAUGUAGUGUAGUGUACCUGGUAGUGGUAUAGACUUUAUGAAGGACAGUGUCUGAGGGGCUGGGCUAUGUCCAGAAGUAGCACUCUGAAUUCAGAUAGGAAAAUGGCAAAAGUUCUCCACACAUGGAUUUUGUUGGAGGCUUGAAAGUCUGGGAGACAAUAGACACUUUAUUGCCCAUCCCCCUAAGGUUUUGUUUUGUUGUUUUUCUUUUGUUUUUCGAGACAGAGUUUCUCUGUUUAGUUUUGGUGCCUGUCCUGGAUCUUUAUCUGUAGACCAGGCUGGCCUCGAACUCAGAGAUCUGCCUGGCUCUGCCUUCCAAGUGCUGAGAUUAAAGGCCCAUCCCCCUAAUUUAUAUAGAUACAAUCAGUAUUAGAUGAAAGUGCGAGUGUAGGAUAUUGGAUUGGUUUGUUUGGUUUUUGGUUAUUUUAAUUUUUUGAUUCAGAGUCUCCCUGUAACUGUGAAUGGCCUGGAACUCACCAUGUAGACCAGGUUGGAUUUGAACUCACAGAGGCCUGCCUGCCUCUGCCUUCCAAGUGCUGGGAUCAAAGAUGUGUGCCACCACACCCAGCUUAAGUGUAUGGAUUUCAGUGGGCACUUGGAAUCUUGAAGGAACCAUGCUGAUCCAAAAUGGCUACAAGUUAGAGCCCUGAAAAUUUCAAGGUUUGGUUGAUCGUAGAAAAUUCUUCAGUAAAUGCUGAAUAUGUUUGUGUUUGGCAAUGGAGUUGAUGAAAGUGUAAAGAUAUUUGAAGGAUUGAAUGACUGUGGGUGUUUGCUCCUAUUUACCAGGCUUUUUCUUUUAGGCCACCAACCAGCUCCCAAAUCAUGACAUGGAGACUUACUAGUUUUGAAUGCUUGGCCUUCGCCUAACUCUUUUCUGGCAAGCUCUUUUAACUUAAAUUAACCUGUUUAUCUACUUUUUGCCUCGGGGAUUUUUACUUUCUGUAGAUCUUACUCUCACUGCUUCUUGUGUCUGCUGGCUGGUGUCUGCCUGGCUUUUGGCCCUGGGCGGCUCCCUUGUUCCCUCCUCCUUCUCUCAUUCUUUUUCUUCUCCCAAGCCUAGAUUUCUCCUCCUAUUUGUUCUUUCUGCCUGGCAGCCCUGCCCAUCCUUUCCCUGCCUAGCUAUUGGAUGUUCAGCUUUUUAUUAGAGCAAACAGGUGCCUUAGGCAGGCAAGGUGAAACAAAUGUAACACAUCUUUACAUAAUUAAAGAAAUGCAACAUAAACAAAGCUAACACAUGUUUGCCUAGUUAAAAUAAUAUUCCACAACACCCAUGUACUUCUGGUUUUGGCUACUUGGCCUUGUUUAAUAUAUGAGUGAUUCAAUGCUGAAUAUGUGAAUGACCCAUAUGCCUUGCCACAGUUACUGGGGAAUGGUUUAUGGGUUCCAAGAGUUUUACUGUAAAAUAGAUUUCUAAACAGAAACUGUUUGCUCAAUAUCUUUAUUUUGGGCUGAUAAGAUGGCUCAGUAGCUAAGGAUGCUUGCUCCUAGUCCUGACCAUCUGAGGUUAAGCCCCAUGACCCACGUGGGGGAAGUAGAAAACUGAUUGUGCAUGUUGCCCUCUGGCCUCCACAUACACGCACAUUAAUACACAUGAAUCUUUAAAAAAAAAUCCAAACUUAGGGUACUGAAGAGAUCGCUUGGCUAUUAAAAGCACAUACUACUUUUGCAGAGGACCUGAGUUUGGUUCCCAGCACCCAUUUCAGAUGGCUUAAGUCGUUUCGGGGGAACUGACACCCUCUUUUGGCUUCCUUGGGCACUACACUCACUCACAUGGUGAAUACACACACACACACACACACACACACACACACACACACACACACACACACGCGUGUGCGUGUAUUUAAAAUUAUUGAUUCGUUUCUUUUGUAUAACUUGGUUUUCUUCUCCUCUCUGUAUUCCCAGUUCCUCCAUGCGCUUUUUAUAGGAGAACCUCUUAGACUGGGUGGGUGGUAGCUCUGUUGAGUUUGCUUUGCUUGAGUUUGAGUGUCACGUUUUGGAAAGUUUUCCUUUUCCAAGAUUACAAAAAGAGGGUGAAGGUUGGAGAGCUGAAGGUGAGAAGCGGUCGGUAGAACUGUUUCAGACUAAGAAUCCCCAAACUCGGGUGAGCAUGCAAAUGAUCUCGAACGGAAGGAAGCCCAGUGGCUGGAAAGACUUUCCUGUGGCCCAGAAGUCCCACACAGUCCCUGACGCUCUCUAGAAAGGCAUUGUUUAACACACAGUCUCUCACAGAAAGGUGGGAAAGCUUCGUGGUUAGACAAUUUUUGUCUUCAGGAGCGCUAAAGACGUUGUUCCGGACCUCGACAUUGUGAUAUUUAGUCUACUUUCCUGACGGCGGGACUUCUGAUCCAGAGAAGCGAGGAGGCACUCUGAGAAUUCUGGGAAAUGUAGUCCACAACACUCCCAACCUCGGGAUACUAGGAUAACUUCCGCCGUAGGAGGCUUAGAGGACCGCCCAACUCCGGUCGGGAAUUUUGGGAAAUGUAGUCCGGGAAUCCCCGGUGUUCAAGGAUAACUUCCUCUGCACGAGUCUGUGUGUUGUCCCUGCUCCCCUCGGGAAUUCUGGGAAGUGUAGUCCAGGCGGCCUGUGCGGGAAGAGUCACUUCCGCCUCAGGUGUGCGAGGCCCCGGCCUGUGUUCCUCUCAGAAAGAACAUUCUCCAUCUAAGGAGGGUCCCUACAGGAUGGGACAUUUUGUCUUGGAAGACACUGCUAUACAACACUGAGCCACACCCCAGCCUCUCACUGGGGGAUUCUAGGCAGGGGCUCUACCACUGAGCCACACCUCCAGCCCCUCACUGGGGGAUUCUAGGCAGGGGCUCUACCACUGAGCCACACCCCAGCCCCUCACUGGGGGAUUCUAGGCAGGUGCUCUACUACUGAGCCACACCCCCAGCCCCUCACUGGGGGAUUCUAGGCAGAGGCUCUACCACUGAGCCACACCCCAACCCCUCACUGGGGGAUUCUAGGCAGGGGCUCUACCACUGAGCCACACCCCCAGCCCUUCACUGGUGAUUCUAGGCAGGGGCUCUACCACUGAGCCAUACCCCAGCCCCUCACUGGGGGAUUCUAGACAGAUGCUCUACCACUGAUCCACACCCCCAGCCCCUCACUGGGGGAUUCCAGGCAGGAGCUCUACCACUGAGCCAUACUCUAACCUCUCACUGGGGUUAGAGCAAAGGGGCAGUUCUGUGAUGCAGAUUAGAAUUCACUUCUGGGCAGUCAUGGGGACAUAGAGAGGUUUGAUUCCUUACAGUAGCUGUCCACACCUGGAGCACAGAAUCCCAGCAGCCCUUAACACUGAGUGCCAGCACUCUGGCAGCGCUUUUGCAGAUGACGGAAUUGAAAUUUAAAAGGUUAAUGAACUUAGCUAUGGUUACUCAGUGAGCACACGCUAGCACCACACACCUUUUAAAAAAUUACUGAUAUUUAUUCAGUGUGGGUGUAUACACAAGCACAUGCCAGAGGACAACCCGUGGGGGCCCGUUCUCCCCCGUGUGGGUCCUGGGGGCUAGCCUCAGGUCGUCAGGCUUGGCUGCCUCCCCCUGCUGAGCCAUCUCAGCCCAGCACCGGGCUCGAACACAGGCGUUUCGCCCCUUGAUGCUACUUGGAGCCAAUACCUUUCCCCACUCUCCUUCGCCACAUUUCCCAGGAUGGCAGUGAACACUCUGGGAGAUGUCCAGUAUGAAGUCAGGACAGUUGGGAAGGCUCUUCCUGCCUAUAGCCUAGGGUGGGCGUUCUUGGGGGUGCCUGGAAUGGGGCCCGCGGGCCCCACUGUGCAGCACAUGCAUGUGGCUAUGUCUGGAGGUGCGAGGGGUUGUUUGAUCUCACUUGGACAGAGUUGUAUGUUCCCUCUCUCAUGGUGUCUGUCAUCCUGUCCUGCCUUCCCAGGUCUCCACCAUUUCCUAGAAAAAAAGGAAGAGAAAAUGACCAGAUUGCAGCACCACCUCUUCUGUGGGCAUAGCCUGUGUUUGCUGUCACAGGAGACGGUGACGUUCAGGGACCUGGCCGUGGUCUUCAGCGAGGAGGAGCUGGGGCUGCUGGACGCCGCCCAGAAGCAGCUGUAUCGUGACGUGAUGCUGGAGAACUUCAGGACGCUGCUCUCAGUGGCACAUCAGCCUUUCAAACCAGAUCUGAUAGCCCAGCUGGAGAAGGAAGAGAAGCUUUACAUGGAGGAGACCCAAGGAGGAAGCGAGGGUGGACAUGCUGUGGAGAGUGCCGAAGAUGUGGAAUUAAACUCCCUUUGUCCCAAAGAGCUCUCCUCCUGUCAGACCUGCGUGUUACCCGGGGCUCAGGACUUGGUGAGAAGAUGUACAGAGAGGAACACUGAGUCUCAGAACCAAGGAGAUCCUCCCUGCUGGGUGUGCGCAGGGCUGCCGGGUCAGAUUUCUGAAGAUGGGAACUACGUGUUGCCCCCUGUAGGUGGCGACUCUCGUAUGAAAAAUCAAGAGUUUCCUUCCCAGCAGUCUUGGAGGGACUCAUGUCUCAGUGGGCCAUGUAAUUGCCAGUGGAAAGGUCAGCAACCAUCCGUGAGAAAUCAUUUCUGUAGAUGUGACAGCGUUGGGUGGCUCUCACACCACAGUGGCAAUGAGGGGGUACACAGAAAGGGGACAAGCUGUAGUUUCCAUGGCUACAGAGAAGAGACCGUGAAGGCGUUGUCACUUAAGCAGGACUUGAUUAAACCGAGGCCUGAGCCCUGCCCGUGUAUGGAGUAUGGAAGAGCCUGGGGCCGUGGCGACAGCAGUGACCACAGCUCUCACACCCAUCAGCGGCUCCAUUCAAGAGGGAAGCCCUGUCCACGCAGUCCACGUGGAAAGGGCUGUCCCGACAGGUCAGCUCUUCACGUUCAUCCAAGUGUGGAGGCAGGAGACGCAGGUGCUGCUGAGAGGGCUCCCCUGCGGUCCCCUCCAGGAGCGUGGACAGAGCCGAGGCUGUGCCAAUGCAGCGAGAACGUCCGUCACGGCUCCCCUCUUAGCACCCAGAAGGGCAGCAUCCCCGAGAAAGCUUUUGAUUGCUGUUUACACUGUAGUAGUAAUUUUAGGGCCCAUAUUAGGGAAGAACCCAACAAAUAUGAGAAGAAUGGGAAUGUUUCUAAUCAGAGUUUAUAUCUUCAAGUUAACCAGAACAUCCAUGCUGAAGAGAAGUUAUAUCCAGGUGUGGACUCUAGAAAAGAUUUCACACAUUGCUCAAAUUUCAACACUCAGCACAGAGUUCAUGUGGAAGAGACUCUCUAUAACUCUGAGUGUGAUAAGCACUUCAGUUUGCCCCCACCUUUCCAGGACUUUCCAACAGUGGACCCCAGAGAACAAGUGCAUAAGCAUACAUGCAGCACCAGCUUCAGUCAGAAUUUGUGUACUCAAGGCCAUCAGCAGCUUCACAUCGGAGAGAAGCCUUUUUAUAAAGAGGGUGGGAAUGGCCGUAACUGGAGUCCCAGCCCCAGAGAACGUCAGAAACGGAAGCCUCACAAAUGCAACACCUGUGGGAAAGCCUUCAGUCACAGAUCGGUCCUUAACGUUCACCAGAGAAUCCACACCGGAGAGAAACCAUACAAGUGUGCAGAGUGUGGGAAGGCCUUCAGUCGGAGUGCCUACCUUCAAGCCCACCAGAGAGUUCACACCGGAGAGAAACCAUACAAGUGUGAAGAGUGUGGGAAGGGCUUCAGCCGGAAUUCCUACCUACAAGGCCACCAGAGAGUUCACACCGGAGAGAAACCAUACAAGUGUGAAGAGUGUGGGAAGGGCUUCAGCCGGAGUUCACACCUUCAAGGCCACCAGAGAGUUCACACCGGAGAGAAACCAUACAAGUGUGCGGAGUGUGGGAAGGGCUUCAGCUGGAGCUUUAAUCUUCAAAUUCAUCAGCGGGUUCACACAGGAGAAAAACCCUAUAAAUGUGGAGAAUGUGGCAAAGGCUUCAGCAAGGCCUCAACUCUCCUGGCCCAUGAGAGAGUCCACACGGGAGAGAAGCCUUACCAGUGUGACCAGUGUGGGAAGGGCUUCAGUCAGAAAUCGUACCUUCAAAGCCACCGGAGCGUUCACUCUGGAGAGAGACCAUAUAUAUGUGAGGUGUGUGGGAAGGGCUUCAGUCAGAGAGCAUAUCUCCAAGGUCACCAGAGAGUCCACACGAGGGUGAAACCAUAUAAAUGCGAGAUGUGUGGGAAGGGCUUCAGCCAGAGUUCCCGCCUUGACGCCCACCGCAGGGUCCACGUGGGGGGAAAACCGUACAAGUGUGAGACAUGCACGAAGGGAUUUAGUGAGCACUCCCGCCUCCAAGCACACCAGAGGAUCCACACAGAGGGAAGCCCGUACAGAUGUGAGCAGUGCGGUAAGGGCUUCGGUGGGUGUUCCAGUCUCCAGGCCCAUCACAGAGUCCACACUGGGGAGAAGCCAUACAAAUGUGAGGUGUGUGGGAAAGCCUUCAGCCAGAGAUCAAAUCUGCAAGCUCACCAGCGAGUCCACACGGGAGAGAAACCCUACACGUGUGAAGCUUGUGGGAAGGGUUUCCGUUGGAGUUCAGGCCUUCUGAUCCAUCAAAGAGUCCAUAGCAGCGAGCAGUUCUGUAGGAGGGAAGAGUGCAGAAGCAGUCAUCCUCCUGAGAACCUAUGCAGAAGCCAAGGCCUGUCAAAUGCCGUUCUGUUUUGUUAACCAAAGUGUAGUGUUUGUACCCAACAUGAAUGCCGGUGGUGGCUGGAAACAACAUGGUGUAGAGCUCUACCAAGAGUUUGCCAAAACCCCAACAAGCUGUUGCAGAGGAUCAAGAACUUCCCAACAUGCAUGUCAGCAGGAAUUAACAGAAGUAUGAUGUCCACGUCCACCAGCACGUGAGACUCUGUCCGCUGCCAAGGCUGCACGGCCAUGACUGGAGGGGUGGCUCAGUGGUGACAAGUAACUGGCUGCUUCUGAAGAAGACCACGUGGUGGCUAUCUGACACCUCCAUGAUGCCCAGACAUAUGUGCAGGCAAAACACUCACAUACAGAAAAACAAAUAAAUGAAACCAUGGUCUUCCCUAA